AGUUCCAUGGAAACGGUUUCAUAAUCAUAGAGAUGGUGAGGUUUAAGAAUAGGUACUUCCUCUGUGAGAUUAUUUCUGAAGACUUGCACUUUCAGCAAAGCAUUGAUGAAUGGGCUGUGCACAAUACAGUGAAAAAUGUCGUUGCAAGGAUGCAUGGAGACUUUGGGCUGGCUUGCUGCUCCAUUGCUUUUUCAGUGAAGUAUCUCAACGCCUACACAGGAAUAGUUCUUUUGCGCUGCCGGAAAGAUUUUCAUCGGCUUCUCUGGUCAUCUCUGCCUUUUAUAACUCACUUGGAAAGCAGGAACGAACGUUAUCGAUGUUCCUUUAACACGCUGCAUGUUGGAGCUACAAUGAGAACAUGUCAGAAAUUCCUAAUUCACCACAACAGGAACCAGCUACUGGUGUUGCUGCGCAACUGCACCAGUGAAGCAGAUAGACAAGCUAUCCAGAAGUCAGUGCAGAGCUGCAAGUUUGUGGGAGAGGAGCAGUAUAAUAGUGAGGAUGAAGAAAGUAAGGAUGAAGAAAGUGAUGACAGCAUGAAAUGACUUUUGGGUUCCUUUUUGAGCAAGUACCUAUGCUAAAGAAACCAUUUACCCUAUAACUCCUUUUUGGAAAUAAAUAAAUAAUUUAUGGGAAAAAUGCAACCAAGUUUAUAGCAUACAGAGGGGUAAAUACCUUAAAAUAAACCACAUCCUUUUAAGCUUAUGCUGUAGGAGAUGGGAUGUAUGUCCCAUUCUGCCUUUUUCAUGGA